UGUAGACUCCUCCUGUAAAGAAAACGUUUGAGACUUUUUGGGCUAACUCUUUCCAAAGUGCAGAAAUGCCCCGGCCAGGGAAGAGCUCAUACAGUGAGCAAAAGCCCCCCUAUUCAUACAUUUCCCUGACUGCCAUGGCUAUCCAGGGCUCCCAGGAGAAGAUGUUGCCCCUUAGUGACAUCUACAAGUUCAUCAUGGACAGGUUCCCCUACUACAGGGAGAACACCCAGAGGUGGCAGAACUCCCUUAGGCACAACCUGUCCUUCAAUGACUGCUUCAUCAAGAUUCCCAGGAGACCGGACCAGCCAGGUAAGGGCAGCUUCUGGGCCUUGCACCCGAACUGUGGGGACAUGUUUGAAAAUGGCAGCUUCCUGAGGAGAAGGAAGAGAUUCAAAGUUGUCAGAGCUGAGCAUUUGGCCUCCAAAAGUCACCAGAUGAUCCAUUAUUUUCAUCACCCGCACAACCAAACCAAGAUGGGGCUACCUCCAUCUGAAGGUAGCCCAGUGCCCAGCCUGGGAAGGCUGCCCCAUUUCCAGUCCUACAACAUCGGUAACAUUAGUGGGAAUCAGACCAGUGGAUUUAAACACCCCUUUGCCAUUGAAAACAUCAUAGGAAGAGACUAUAAGGGGGUGAUGACUGGUGGCCUGCCGUUAGCUUCCAUGAUGCACCACCUUGGGUACCCAGUGCCCAGCCAAAUAAGCAACAUGGUCAGCUCCAUGUGGCCCCAUGUUGGCAUGAUGGACUCCAUGGCCACCAUGACUGUUCCUCAGGAAUAUGGACAUUUCGGUGUGCCCAUGAAAACUCUGUGUCAUGGUCCUAGUCAGACAAUUCCGGCUGUCCCACUCCCCAUAAAGCCAACUGCAUCUCUUCCACCAGUCUCUGCUAUACCAAGCCUGGCAGUGAACCCAUCCAUCAUGUGCCCAUCUCCACCAGCAGUGGCAGGGACACUCCUGGAACCUGCAAUCAGUCACCCAGAAAACAAGGGCAGUAUGCUCCACUCAGUACUUGUGCACUCCUAGUCCUCCCCAGCCAGGGUAACCAACUCUUAUUAUCUGUUAGGGAACAAACCAGGUACAUCCACUGGAUUAAUAUCUGCCAUGGAUUGUCUCCUUUCUUGCACUGUGACAGAUAGAAGGGGCUUCCAACUUUACCAAGCUACCAGUUAUUUUUGUCUUAUUUGCAUCUGCCAGUGUCUAGAUAAAUGUGUUAAA